GCACCAUUUACAGCUUGUUACAGAUAAGGAAGAGGAGCGACUCACGGAGCAUGCCACACUUGCAUAGAUGCUGGUCCCUCAGACAGAAGAAAUAUACCCUCUAUGAAAUAGACCAUUCGCAUUUCUCACUCCUCAAGGGGUGGCCAGCCAAACUUGAAUGCGCGGCCUUUAGCAGCAAUGGCUACCUCUUCUUCAUCAUCUUCAUCGAGGUCUUAUGCUUCGUCGGCAUUUAGUCUACCUGCGUAUGCACCGAAUCUCGCAGCCACCUCCAGUCCAGUCAACUCCAACUGGACUCCAAAUUCCCCAGCGUCGUCAGCCUUCACAGACGAGCUGUCCACCCCGCAAGACCAGCUCCGACCGCUCGACCUAGGCCCACCUGGCUAUCAAGCGACCAUUGUAUUAUUUGAGGGCACGGCCGACGAGAGGACAGUGUAUCUCGGUCCUUGGGAGGUGGUCGGCAACGAGCACCGCCGCAUUGUUUGGCAAGGUAGCUACCAACUAGAGCGCCUUGAGCAUUUCUUGCCGUCCUCUGCUUCCGGCGAGACCUUUCCCCAUACCCUGCAUGCGCGGCACCGACCGUUCUCGGACCCUUGUCAACUCGAACAAUGCAUCACCUUUCGCGAACGACAUCGGGUCAGAUACACGCGAAAAGACGGGGUUCCUAUACACGACCAAGCGAUUGAGGUUAAAUACGACUUCACUACUAUAGAAUCUUCACUACACUUCCAGGGCGACCUGCGAAGAAAGGAUCUUAUUGACUGCUUCGACGUCGAUGUAGUAUGGACUGACACCCAAGGAAGGACAGAUGCGUUCGGCAACGUCCGAGGUAUAGGCACCGUUCAGCGUCUGAAGCUUUGGUCAGAUCGAGUCAACACGUUGCACUCUCUGACAAUAUUUGCAAAUCGAUCAGAUCGGCGGUAUAAAGAGUAUAUGGUCGACUAUUUCGAAGGAGAAAUUCGGGGGCGCGAUGAUCGACGGCGGACACUUCGCCUUAGCGUGCGAGGCCGACGAGGCAGUGGGUCAGGGUCGAGACGAACGUUGUCUUCGGCAUUUCGUCCGAGGCAACGAUCAGUAACAGCGAAUCCAGACGGUCCGAGCCCUUUGGAUAUCCGCUACCUGGGUAUUCAGUUCAGUCGCAAUGAAGACUAUCGCCGUUUUCUUGACGCCUGGCUCAUGGCGCAUAGCUCUGACAGCGAAUAUAACGGCAUCCAAUACCCACAUGACGUUUUUGAACUACCUUCGCCUCAGAUGCUUCCCGGCGUUUCCUAUGAGAUCCUUGCGCUUCCUACGGUGCCUGAACCUGCUGAAGGAGGUGACGAGGAAUUAAUGUCUUAAGCGCCUGACUCCUGCGGCCCCCAUAUUAGGAUACAAUAUUCACUUCGAACCUCCCUGGAAAAUCUUCCCCAUUAUCCACAAUGGCAUUGUCAUGCCCAGUGACGUUUAGCAACGAAGAAACCCAAACCACCAGCACAAUGAACUCCGUAUAUCAGUCGUACUCGAGGGGCCAACUACCUCGAAGCCGCCUCGGCAACUUUCAGAUGCUUGUAGAAGCUCAUCGGUUUGAGUGCUGGCGGGCAUACGGCAGAAUACCAUCGACUUCGCAGAACAACCCGAUAUAAAUGUGGCGUCGCAUGCAUAGAUUUAAAAUGACCGCCUGUAAUCUGU